AACGUUUCUGUAGGACACAGACCAUCUGGUUACACAGAGCUCAGCUUUGCUGGGGGGACAGGAAGGGUUAAACCCCAGCAGGAGGUUCUGCCCUACAGACAUAAUUCCCAGUAUAAUUCCUUACUCCCAGCUUUACAUGACAGUGCCCAUUACUUACUGGCAGGUUCCCCAGAGCCACAACCAGAAAUGUUACAGAUAAAGAAAGAAGAACCGGACCCUGAGGACCAUCAGACCCCAAUGGAAAGCUCAGCAGCGCCACUUACUGAUGGGGAUCAAGCUGAGAAGGAACCAGAGAUUCUGAAGAUAAAAAUAAAGAAAGAAGAACCGGACUCUGAGGACCAUCACAUCCCAAUGGAAAGCUCAGCAGCGCCACUUACUGAUGGGGGGAAAUGGGAGAAUGAAGAGCCGGACACUGAGGAGCCUCUG